AUGCACACCCUAAAAGUGCCCUUCAUCAUCUCUGCAGCCUCCUCCACCUCCACUUCCUCCUCCCCGUCCACCCGGCUGGAGGAUCUGGGCACCACAGCCAGAACACCCCCUGCUUUGGCGGCGACUGCUAAUAUUGGCCCGACCAGCGGAUCAUCGACCGGGCAGUUUCAGCAGAGAGACUUGGGCACCAGUAACUCCCCUGUCCUCAUUAUCCACCGUCCGGGAGCAGCCGGGACUGCGCAGCGACUAGAAUACAGGGGCCGAAGAGUGACUGCUGAGCUGGUACAGGAGGAGCUGGGCACUAGACCCCAGCACCAGGGCCCCCCGGCUCACCCAGCCUGCCUGGCUCACCCCCCUGCCCAGCCUGCCCCCCAGCCUGAGCCCCAGCAGGCCAGAGCCUCCCGUGAUCCCAGCCCUGAAGUGAGCUGCUGUGGCUUGUGGCCCCAGCGAUCCCAGCGCUCGCAGAACUAA